AUGCCACUGCUCCUCCGGCGAUACCUUUCUCACUCCGUCGUCUCCUCUUCGUUCUUCCGCCGCUCAAUGGCUUCAUCAUCAAUCUCCUCCGAUCCAAUCAAACCAUCAAACACCAAAAUCGGAUGGAUCGGAACCGGCGUUAUGGGCAGAUCUAUGUGCGGACACCUAAUCAGAGCCGGUUACUCAGUCACCGUCUUCAAUCGCACAAUCUCCAAAGCCCAGACUCUACUCGACAUGGGUGCGAAGCUAGCAGACUCGCCGAGAUCAGUCGCCGCUCAAUCCGACGUGGUUUUCUCCAUCGUCGGUUACCCUUCCGAUGUCCGUCACGUCCUCUUAGAUCCAAACUCCGGUGCUUUAUCCGGUCUCCGUAAAGGCGGAGUCCUCGUCGACAUGACUACCUCAGAGCCUUCUUUAGCCGAGGAGAUAGCUAAAUCCGCUUCCUCCGUGAACUGUUUCUCAAUCGACGCUCCUGUUUCCGGCGGAGAUCUCGGAGCUAAGAACGGAAAGCUAUCGAUAUUCGCCGGAGGUGAUGGAACCACCGUGAAACGAUUAGAUCCGUUGUUUUCGUUGAUGGGUAAGGUUAAUUUCAUGGGUACAAGUGGAAAAGGUCAGUUUGCGAAACUGGGGAAUCAAAUCACAAUCGCUUCGACAAUGUUAGGUUUAGUGGAAGGGAUAAUCUAUGCACACAAAUCAGGGCUCGAUGUUAAGAAGUUUCUUGAAGCUAUAUCGACUGGUGCGGCAGGUUCAAAGUCUAUAGAUCUGUAUGGAGAUAGGAUUAUGAAGAGGGAUUUUGAUCCAGGGUUUUAUGUGAAUCAUUUCGUUAAGGAUUUAGGGAUUUGUUUGAAUGAAUGUCAGAGAAUGGGAUUGGCUUUACCUGGAUUAGCUCUUGCUCAACAGCUUUACUUGUCUCUUAAGGCACAUGGUGAAGGUGAUCUUGGAACUCAAGCUCUUAUCUUGUCUCUUGAGCGACUCAAUAAUGUGUCUCUUGAUUUGUAA